CGCUGAGCAGCCUUGGGGGUGCGGCUGUGCGCCUGCGCUGCGCCGAGUUCGGGAGUGCGGUUGUGCGCUUGCGCGGCACCGAGUACUAGCGGGCAGUUUGAAUUUCGCUCCCGGAGCCAGGUCUCGAGACCCUACGCUUCCGACCGAGAUUGGGUCGGGGAGGGGGCGGUGUCUCGGCGCCUCGCGACCCCACCGAGUGGGCCCUUUGCUCCCGGACCCGCACGAGAGGCUUAAAGGAUGGCCUCAGAUCUGGAACAAUUAUGCUCUCAUAUUAAUGAAAAGAUCGGCAAUAUUAAAAAGACUCUGUCAUUGAGAAAUUGUGGGCAAGAACCUACCUUGAAGACCAUUUUAAAUAAAAUAGGAGAUGAGAUCAUUGUAGUAAAUGAACUUCUAAAUAAAUUGGAAUUGGAAAUUCAGUAUCAAGAACAAACCAACAGUUCCCUCAAGGAGCUCUUUGAAUCUCUCGAAGAAGAUUAUAAAGAUGUGGAGCAUCUCAAAGAAAACAUCCCUCCCCAUUUGCCUCAAGUAACAGUUACCCAGAACUUUGUUAAUGGAUCAGAUCUUGACCCUGAAGAACCCAUCAAAGUUGAGGAACCUGCACCCACAAAGAAGCCUCCCAAAGAACAAAGAAGUAUUAAAGAAAUGCCAUUUAUAACUUCUGAUGAGUUUAAUGGCAUUCCUGCGUACAUGAAAUCCCGCUUAACCUAUUGUCACAUUAAUGAUGUUAUUAAAGAAAUCAACAAGGCAGUUGUUAGUAAAUACAAGAUCCUACAUCAACCAAAAAAGUCUAUGAGUUCCGUGGCCAGAAAUCUCUAUCACAGAUUUAUUGACGAAGAAACGAAGGAAACCAAAGGUCAUUAUUUUGUAGUGGAAGCUGACAUAAAGGAGUUCACAGCUUUGAAAGUCGACAAGAGGUUUCAUGUGAUACUGAAUAUUUUACGACACUGCCGGAGGCUAUCAGAGGUCCGAGGGAAAGGGCUCACCCGAUAUGUUAUAACAUAAUGUCCUUGUGAGCUUUUGAACCAGCUAACAGGGUUUAGAGGCUGUUCCUAUAGUUUCCUUACAUGUAAUUUUUUAAUACAUAAUUUUUUUAGCUUUUUCAUUCUUUUUUUGUUUCUUCUAAAAAUAAAGCAUGUAUAUUUAAAAAUCCA